ACACAACAUUUAAGUUGUUAUCUUAUAAAACAUUAUAUCAGAAAUGAGUAGAGACAUUCAUCUUUGAAAUACAAAGAUGACACGAGAUUACAUGUCAUCUUUACUUUAGCACAUCUUCGUUUUAAAUUCUAAAUCAGCGUUUGUUUUUUAAGUGUGAGGGAGAUCAUUCUACUGAUCCAGCUAUUUCAAUAAUAUAAAUUACAUGAAAUAAAAUGUAUGUGGUAACAAAACAUUACUUCGGUUAAACAGUUGUUGAUAAAAUAGUUUACAUAAAUUCCUGAAUAUAGAAUUCCCUAAACAUUUUAAUUUCAGUGGGUUAAAUUCCUUAAAUAAUAUGUCCAGAGUACAUAAAUACGUUUAUAAAUAGCGCAACUGUUAAGAUAACGUUCGUAUAUAAAAAGGAAAAUUAUGCAAGUUGUUUUGCAAAUUGAUUUGUAAGUUGUAAGCUAGUUAUUUUGGUUAACCAUGAGAGUCCUACCAAUAAUAAAUUUCUUCGUAAUUUUAUUACAAGUUAACUUAACGUUUCAAAUCGACGACAAUGCACCAAUAGUUAAAACUCCUUUGGGUUUAAUUAGUGGUAUUUAUGAAAGAAGUUAUAAACAAAAAACUUUCUCGUCUUUUUAUGGUAUUCCUUUCGCUCAACCUCCAAUAGGUGAUUUAAGAUUCGAGGAGCCAGUUGAAAUUAAACCUUGGCCCGGAACUUGGACGGCGAAUCAAACUGGAAUUGCUUGUAUCCAAAUUAGUCAUGCUCCGAUUCCAGAAGGUGGCCCUUUACUUGGAGAUGAAGAUUGUCUUUAUUUAAAUGUAUUCGUUCCUUCUAAAUACCCGGAUCAAAUAAAUAAUCUUUUGGACGUUGUUGUUCAUUUUCACGGAGGUGCUUUUAUGUUCGGAACUGGUGGAUAUUAUGCCGGCCCAAAUUUUUUGAUGGAUAAACCAGUUAUUUUGGUUACUUUAAAUUACAGAUUAGGUUACUUAGGUUUUAUGAGUACCGAAGAUGACAUAGUUCCUGGUAAUAUGGGAAUGAAAGAUCAAGUGAUGGCUUUAAAAUGGAUAAAGAAAAAUAUCAAAAGUUUUGGGGGUAAUCCUAACUCAGUAACAAUAACGGGAUUAUCAGCUGGAGGAGCAAGCGUGCAUUACCAUUAUUUAUCGAAAUUAUCGAAAGGUUUAUUUCAAAAAGGAAUUUCAGCGAGUGGAUCCGCCUUAGCCCCGUGGACUUUUCAAGAAAAUCCGCUAGAAAAGGUUCGGUUUUUAGCAAACAAAAUUGGUUGUGAGACGACAAAUACAAAGUUAAUGGUGGAUUGUUUAAAAACGCGCCCAGCUAAACAAAUCGUUGCUGUUACUAAACUUUUACGACCAUGGUUAUAUAAUCCAUUUUCACCUUUAGGGUUGGUUGUUGAAAAAGCUGGAAAAAAUAAAUUUUUAGACCAACAUCCUUACGUUUUAUUAUCAAACGGAAAAAUUCAUGAUUUACCAUGGUUAACUUCUUUAACGUCUGAAGAAGGUUUAUAUCCUGGAGCUGAUUAUGUUUUAAAAGAUCAUUAUUUGGAGGACUUGGAAAGUAAAUGGAACGAAUUCGCUCCUUUUGUUUUAGAUUAUUUUUAUUCCAUACCACCCGAAAGAUUAGAUCAAGUUUCUCAGAUAAUUAAGAAAGAGUAUUUGGGAGAUAAACCUAUUUCAAAAGAUACUUAUAAAGAAUUAAUUGAUAUGAUGAGCGAUCGAUUAUUUAGCGUUUAUACCGAAAAAGCAGCAAAAAUUCAAGCAAAAGUCUCAAAAUCACCCGUUUUCAUGUAUUAUUUUAGUUUUAUGGGAGAUACUUUAGAAAGUUUAACAAUUCAUAUCACUGGAAAAGAUCAAUCACAUGGUACAGCACAUGGUGAUGAUAUGAUGUAUUUGUUUUCAAUCCCAAAUAAAACUCAAAAGUUAACCAAAUUAGAUGAAAAUAUGCAAGAGAUAUUAUUAAAUAUUUGGAUGAGUUUUAUUAAAACAGGAAAUCCAAAAGUAGAAAAUGUAAAAUGGCCGGCUAUUUCUAAAAAAGAUGAUGACUCCUUAAUACAACUCCACAUAAAAUCACCACAAAAUAUUAUAUUAGAAGAUGUAAAAGAAAUAAAUCGACACAAAUCAAUGUGGGAUAAUUUAGGAUUUGAAGAAAAUGAAUAUUUCUUAUCCAAACCGAAAAAGAAUGAAUUGUAACAAAAAAAUUUAUUAUCUUUAUAAUAACUGUUAAAAUUCAACAAUAUAUCUUAUCUUUGGAUAAUCAAACAUGAUAGUCUCCUCCA